GAGUCGUAGAAGAAGAAGAAGAAGCAGCAGAAGAAAACGAAGAAGAAGAAGAAGUAGUCUGGUUGCUGCUGACAGCUGAACAGCGGAUCUGGAUCUGACAGUGUAGAGAACACACGGCUGCUCUGCGAUAUCUCCUCUGCUGCAUACUGAAAUUCGUACCGACAUAGAGAGGAGGAUGUCGGCGACUGUGAAGAAUCCUUUUCAACAUAUAGUUGAGCCUCUGGACCCCAACGAGCCAAAGCAGCAGUUUUACAACCUUUCCAAACUUGGAGAUCCCAGAUAUGACCGCCUGCCCUUCUCUGUGCGGGUCCUGCUGGAGUCUGCUGUCAGGAACUGUGAUGAGUUCCUGGUGAAGAGCUCGGAUGUGGAGAGCAUCCUGAACUGGAAGCAGACCCAGACCCAGACUGUGGAGGUCCCAUUCAGACCAGCACGUGUCAUCCUCCAGGACUUCACUGGCGUCCCUGCUGUGGUCGACUUUGCUGCCAUGCGUGAUGCAGUGAUGAAACUGGGCGGCGACCCAGAGAAGAUUAAUCCUGUCUGCCCUGCUGACCUGGUCAUCGAUCAUUCCAUCCAAGUGGACUUUAACAGGAAGUCUGAUAGCCUUCAGAAAAACCAGGACUUGGAGUUUGACCGCAACAGAGAGAGAUUUCAGUUCUUAAAGUGGGGCUCCAAAGCCUUUAGGAACAUGCGAAUCAUUCCUCCUGGAUCAGGGAUCGUUCACCAGGUCAACCUAGAGUACCUGGCUAGAGUGGUGUUUAACCACGAUGGGUACUUCUAUCCUGACAGCCUGGUGGGCACCGACUCCCACACCACAAUGAUUGAUGGACUAGGAGUUCUGGGCUGGGGUGUGGGUGGAAUUGAGGCGGAGGCUGUGAUGCUGGGUCAGCCAAUAAGCAUGGUGCUGCCUGAGGUGGUGGGAUACAAACUGUCCGGGACCCCAGACAAGUUCAUCACCUCCACUGACAUCGUCCUCACAGUUACUAAGCACCUUCGUCAGGUGGGUGUCGUGGGGAAGUUUGUGGAGUUUUUUGGCCCAGGUGUUGCCCAGCUGUCUAUUGCUGACAGAGCCACCAUCGCCAACAUGUGUCCGGAGUAUGGAGCCACAGCAGCUUUCUUUCCUGUGGACAACGUCAGCAUUCAGUACCUUGAGCAGACAGGGCGAGAAGCAGGAAAGCUGGCCUACAUCACAAAGUACCUGAAGGCCGUGUCCAUGUUCAGAGACUACAACGACGCCUCUCAGGAUCCAGAUUUCACUCAGGUUUUCGAGCUGGAUCUGACUACAGUGGUCCCAUGCUGCAGCGGGCCCAAAAGACCUCAGGACAGAAUUCCUGUGUCCGACAUGAAAAAAGACAUUGAAAGCUGCUUGGGAGCAAAGCAAGGUUUCAAGGGUUUCCAGGUGGCUCCUGAGCGCCACGACACCGUGGUCCCCUUCCAGUUUAAUGAGAAAGAGUACAUGUUGAGCCACGGCUCUGUGGUCAUCGCUGCCAUCACCAGCUGCACCAACACAAGCAACCCGUCUGUCAUGCUAGGAGCAGGGCUACUUGCAAAAAAAGCAAUAGAGUGUGGCUUGAGUGUGAAGCCGUACAUAAAGACCAGCCUGUCACCGGGCAGCGGAGUGGUCACAUACUACCUAAAGGAGAGUGGUGUUAUGGACUACCUCUCUAAGCUGGGUUUUGAGGUUGUUGGCUAUGGUUGCAUGACCUGUAUAGGCAACAGUGGGCCACUCCCAGAGCCGGUGGUGGAGGCCAUAACCCAGGGAGAUCUGGUGGCUGCAGGUGUCCUAUCAGGCAACAGAAACUUUGAAGGGAGAGUUCACCCCAACACCAGAGCUAACUACCUGGCUUCCCCACCACUCGUCAUUGCAUAUGCAAUAGCUGGCACCGUGAGGAUAGACUUCGAGAAAGAACCCAUUGCCAUAAACAGUGAAGGCAAAGAGAUUUUCCUGAGGGACAUCUGGCCCACACGGGAAGAGAUCCAGGCUGUGGAGAGAACAUUUGUCAUCCCAUCGAUGUUCAAAGAAGUCUAUGAGAAGAUUGAGAAUGUGAAUGAACGCUGGAACUCUCUGGUGGCUCCCUCUGACAAGCUGUAUACCUGGGACCCUCAAUCCACCUACAUUAAGUCACCGCCGUUCUUUGAUGGUUUGACCAUGAAGCUGCAGCCACCCGCCUCCAUACAUGACGCCUACGUGCUGCUGAACUUUGGAGACUCCGUCACCACCGACCACAUUUCUCCUGCAGGGAACAUCGCCAGGAACAGCCCCGCAGCACGCUACCUGACCAACAGAGGUUUGAGCCCUCGGGACUACAACUCGUAUGGUUCACGUCGUGGCAACGACGCCAUCAUGGCCAGAGGAACGUUUGCCAACAUCCGCCUCUUCAACAAGUUCCUCAACAAGCAGGCGCCACAAACCGUUCACCUGCCAACUGGAGAGACGCUGGAUGUGUUCGAUGCUGCAGAGAGGUACCAGCAGUCUGGUGUCCCUCUGCUGAUUCUAGCUGGGAAGGAGUAUGGCUCUGGCAGCUCCAGGGACUGGGCGGCAAAGGGCCCCUUUCUACUGGGUGUUAAGGCGGUUGUGGCAGAGAGCUACGAGCGGAUCCACCGCAGUAACCUGGUGGGGAUGGGAGUGAUUCCUCUGGAGUAUCUACCAGGAGACACGGCCGACAGCCUGGGACUGACCGGCCGCGAACGCUACACCAUCAUCAUCCCUGAGCAGCUCACACCCAGGAUGCUGGUGGAUGUGAAGCUCGACACGGGGAAAACAUUCCAAGUGAGGAUGAGAUUCGACACUGACGUGGAGCUGGCGUAUUUCCACCACGGAGGAAUCCUCAACUACAUGAUCCGCAAGAUGUCUGAAAACUAGCAUGCAGCUACAGUCCCACACGGCAUCGCUGUAGCCACUUUAUGUAAUGGUUGACAGAAGAAUAGCGUCCAAAAAUAAUCCAGUCAUUGUCCAUGUUGGGUGCAAAGAGCCAUUUACACAUAUAUCACAAUCUUGUUAUUGUUCUGAGAAUGCUGCUAAUUGUUUAGAUGCAUAGAAGACCUUAGUGAAAUUAUAUGAGAGGUAUAUUUAGUUAUAAUAUGCAAGGUAUAAGGUUAUAGAUGAGUGGUUAGCUGUUGUGUCAGGGUUUCAGAGACAGCUGAGUUAAGGCAAAGAGUGAUUCCACUUUCUUACAACGUGGGUUCUCUUUGUAUUAGUUUAAUGCGAUUCUCUACAGUUGGGUUGAAAUAUGUGUACAUUAACCCAUUGAAGCCUGGAAAGCAGAUACGUCGCUUUGUAGUAUUUGUAUAAGCUCUCAAAUACUUUUUGAAUUUCAUUUCUAUCUGCUACAGAGGCUGAAAAAUCUAAUAUUUAGUCGAAGCGUUGACACUUCUGUUGAAUUUCCAGAAAUACUUCAGGUUUUAGGGGCUUAUUUUAAAAUCGCCCAGAGGUUUUACAGGAAGUUUCAGGCGUCAAUGGGUUAAAGGAACCAACCAAUAGGAAACAGAAAUAGAAACAGUACUAAAGUGGGGAUUGCAUUGUGAAGUAUCAAUAUGAAGUACUGACAGCCUCAGCUGAGCCUCAGGUGGCUCAUGUCUAUACAUGUGCAACAAUGUGCCAACAGGCACGGAAGAAUAAGUUAGCAAACAUUAAUGCAAGUCUCAAUCUGUUAAUUUGUGGUCCCAUCGUCAUCCACAGCCAUAAAGUUGUUUAAAAUAAAGCUGAGACCAGGCAGCUGCCCCGCCCUCUACAAAUGGUACCUUCCAAGAGCUGGAAUCACAUUUAUAUUGACUUUGUUCUUAGUUUUCCUUCCACAUUAACAGAAGAAGUUAAUCCCUAGUUACAAAUAGCACAAGACCCAUGUGUAUUCAUCCAGAUCUUCUUUAAAAACUGACUUUAUGUGCAUCUAAUCUAUAAGCCAAUAUGGACUUAAUGAAGUCAUUUAAGUGCUCGGAAAAAAUACCCAGACAUGUCCAUGACUGAAGGGCAGAACUUGUGAUGGGAACAACCUGGUCUCACAGAAAUCCGUGAAAUAGCCACGGAUUUCGCUUAACUCAAAAUCCGUGGAAUAGCCACGGAAUCCCUCAAAUUUCCGUGAAACUGACACGGAUUUCGCUACAAUGCAAGUUAAUGACAGUCAUAUCCCGUGGCUAUUCUAACAUACAAAGUGAUUAUGUACAUUCACUGAGUGAAUAUUUAGAAAAUAAAACAUAUAUUUCUCGCUAGAAAUGUGAUCAAAAUCCAUUUUUAUGCAGAAACUAAGUCAAAAUAUUGAUUUUUUUCACUAAAAAUGAGAGAACUGUCCGCCAUGUUUUUUUGUUCUGACCGCCGGGACCUUGAAAGUCACGUGACUUGGAACAAACCAAUAGGAAAAAAUAUCAAUGGGAUGGCCACGGGAUAUGACUGUCAUUAACUUGCAUUGUAGCGAAAUCCGUGUCAGUUUCACGGAAAUUUGAGCGAUUCCGUGGCUAUUCCACGGAUUUUGAGUUAAGCGAAAUCCGUGGCUAUUUCACGGAUUUCUGUGAGACCAGGUUCGAUGGGAAAGCUCCUGUAUAGAUCCUGUGCUGUGGUUGUUAAAUCACUGGAAGUAUAUGGAUCCAUCAAACACAAAGUAAGACGUUUGUGACUUGAUUGAGAGUAGUUUGUUCUUUAGACAUUCCAAACAUUGUCAGUCUGCUUCUGUCAGUGUGUCAGGUUCAUGUUAUUGACUGCCUUAAUCGCUCCUUUUGUGAGAUGUUUGUGUCUUCUUCUCCUAAUACACUAAUCAUUUUAAUAAGGAAGACUGAUAAAACCAUGUCCAGUGUUCAUUACACUCUGUUGUCUGAAAGCCUCUGAUUACUGAAAAAUUAUUAAAAUGGGAUUUUUUUUUUUGGUA